CUAUUUUUACGGAGAAACUAAAGUGAAAUUUUACAAUUGAAGUGAAAAUAGGAAAGUACAGACUAGAAAAGUGAAAAGGAAAAGAGGCUUCUUCUUCUUCUCUUCUUUCUUCACAGAGAAACCCUAGAUUUGUGCAUUGUUGAAUUCCCGGCGAUUACAAGUUAGCGCUUCUUUAUGGUUCGCCAGCAUGUGCACACAGAUCUAGAAACAGUUCAAUUCUGCUGCUCGUUACGAGUUUUGAAUAGGGUAAGGGUUUUGUAGAGAGAGAGAGAGUUAGAGAGAGAAAGAGAGGCGGGGUUCGGUUAUGUCUGUGCUGUAAUUUUCAGAUAGAAUUGUGGAGGCUUAUUUUGUUAGGAAGCUUUGAUUCUAUUGGUUGAAGAUAAUUUUUUUUUUAAUUCGGGGUUAUUAAUUUUGUAUUUGCUGAUCGAGGUUGGAUGGUGUUUUAAUUUGGUUUUGAGGUUGGAAUGUUGAGGAAAUUACGCACAUUAUAUUACUCUUGAUUUUGGAAUUACGAGUUUCUCCCUGCCUUCACAUUAUUGCUUAGAUUUUUUUCAUGGUUGAUGUAUAAUUGGAUACUGUAAUUUGUUGAAGAAGUUUUCGUGGGAAGUAAAGGAUCGUGUUUUUUGACUGGAAGUUGGUAAAUUUUGCUAAGGUGCUUUAGGUGUCCUCGUUUUUUUUUGUUUGCAUUGUUGAUUUGGUUACUGGUGGAGAUUUUGCGCUGGAGUGGUUGGGGGUGCCCGGAGGCGUCACUAUGUCGUCUUUGAGUCGAGAAUUGGUAUUCUUGAUACUUCAGUUCUUGGAUGAGGAGAAGUUCAAGGAGACUGUCCAUAAGUUGGAACAAGAGUCUGGUUUUUUCUUCAAUAUGAAGUACUUUGAGGAUGAAGUCCAAGCUGGUGAAUGGGAUGAAGUUGAGCGUUAUCUAAGUGGAUUUACGAAGGUUGAGGACAACCGCUAUUCUAUGAAAAUUUUCUUUGAGAUUAGAAAGCAGAAAUAUCUUGAAGCGCUUGACAGACAAGAUCGAGCAAAAGCAGUUGAGAUUCUUGUCAAGGAUCUGAAGGUGUUUGCCUCUUUUAAUGAAGAUCUUUUCAAAGAGAUCACACAGCUAUUGACUCUCGACAAUUUUAGGCAGAAUGAGCAGCUCUCGAAAUACGGGGACACAAAGUCAGCACGCAACAUUAUGCUGGUUGAACUUAAAAAGCUUAUAGAGGCAAAUCCGUUGUUUCGUGACAAACUAGCUUUUCCUCCUUUCAAGGCUUCAAGAUUGAGAACACUCAUUAACCAAAGUCUUAAUUGGCAGCAUCAGCUCUGCAAGAAUCCACGAUCAAACCCUGAUAUCAAAACACUUUUUGUUGAUCAUACUUGUAAUACGAGUAAUGGAGCUCGUGCCCCGCCUCUUACUAACACCCCUCUUACUGGACCAAUUCCAAAACCUGGUGUUUUUCCUCCUCUUGGAGGCCAUGGUCCUUUCCAGCCCGUUGUUUCUCCUCCUCCAAAUGUUAUGGCAGGUUGGAUGUCCCCUGCUAACUCUUCUAUACCUCAUGCCGCUGUUGCUGCAGCUCCUCCUGGGCUUGUUCAGGCACCUAGUCCCGCUGCAUUUUUGAAACAUCCAAGGACUCCUCCUGGUGGUCCUGGAAUGGAUUACCAGACUGCUGAUUCUGAGCAUUUGAUGAAACGUCUUCGUACUGGACAACCUGAUGAGAUGUCAUCAUUUUCCGGUUCUACUCAUCCGGCUAAUAUGUAUUCACCGGAUGACCUUCCCAAAACUGUUGUACGGAACCUUAGUCAAGGAUCUAAUGUUAUGAGCAUGGAUUUUCAUCCGCAGCAACAGACUUUUCUCCUAGUUGGAACGAACGUUGGUGAUAUUAGCAUAUGGGAAGUUGGUUCCCGAGAAAGGUUAGCACUUAAAACCUUCAAAGUGUGGGACAUAUCAGCUUGUUCAAUGCCAUUCCAAACAACCUUGGUUAAAGAUGCCACUAUAUCUGUUAACAGAUGUGUGUGGGGCCCAGAUGGGUCGAUACUUGGUGUUGCUUUCUCAAAGCACAUUGUUCAGAUAUAUACGUAUAACCCAGCUGGAGAGUUGAGACAACACUUAGAAAUUGAUGCUCAUAUUGGCGGGGUGAAUGAUAUUGCCUUUGCUCAUCCCAACAAGCAGCUCUGCAUUGUAACAUGUGGGGAUGACAAGACGAUCAAGGUAUGGGAUGCGGUAGCUGGUCGCAGGCAAUAUACCUUUGAAGGUCAUGAAGCUCCUGUGUAUUCUGUCUGCCCUCACUAUAAAGAGAAUAUUCAGUUCAUUUUCUCUACUGCAAUUGAUGGGAAAAUAAAAGCGUGGCUUUAUGAUUCUCUGGGAUCGAGAGUAGAUUAUGACGCCCCUGGACUUUGGUGCACAACUAUGGCAUACAGUGCUGAUGGAACCAGGCUCUUCUCUUGUGGAACCAGCAAAGAAGGGGAAUCUCACCUGGUCGAGUGGAAUGAGAGUGAAGGAGCAAUAAAGAGGACAUAUUCUGGUUUUCGUAAGCGUUCUUUGGGUGUUGUGCAAUUUGACACAACAAGGAACCAUUUCUUAGCAGCCGGUGAUGAGUUUCAGAUAAAAUUUUGGGACAUGGAUAAUACCAACAUUCUUACUUAUACUGAUGGUGAUGGUGGACUUCCCGCAAGCCCUAGAUUAAGAUUCAAUAAGGAAGGUUCUUUGCUGGCUGUUACAACUAGUGAUAAUGGAAUUAAAAUCUUGGCAAAUAAUGAUGGGCAGCGCAUGUUGAGGAUGUUGGAGACCAGAGCAUUUGACGGGGCACGCGGUCUUUCUGAAGCGGUUAAUGUCAAACCUAUUAUUGGUGGUCCUUUAGGUCCCAUUGCUAAUGUUUCUUCGUCAGCAUCACCCAUCCACGAGCGUCCCGAUAGAAUUCAGCAGGCCAUGUCCCUUCUGGGUAACAUGGAAAGCAGUAGGGUAGCGGAUGUAAAACCAAGGAUUGAUACCACUGACAAAAUUAAAAGCUGGAAGUCCCCUGACAUAUCUGACUCGUCUCAUGUCAAGACUCUGAAAUUGCCCGAUUCUCAGACACCAAGCAAAAUUGUGCGGUUACUAUACACAAAUUCUGGGCUAGCAGUGCUAGCAUUGGCUUCAAAUGCUGUUCAUAAACUUUGGAAAUGGCAGCGCCACGAACGCAAUCCAUCUGGAAGGUCUUCUGCCUCUAGCGUGCCACAGCUGUGGCAGCCUCCGAACGGGGCUCUCAUGUCUAACGACCUGAAUGAUGGCAAACAACCAGUUGAAGAUUCAGUUGCAUGUAUCGCCUUGUCUAAAAAUGAUUCUUACGUCAUGUCUGCUUCAGGGGGGAAGGUCUCCUUGUUCAACAUGAUGACUUUUAAGGUCAUGACAACUUUCAUGGCGCCCCCUCCUGCAGCAACGUAUCUGGCGUUUCAUCCUCAAGAUAACAAUAUAAUUGCUAUUGGAAUGGAAGACUCUACAAUACAGAUUUACAAUGUCAGGGUUGAUGAGGUUAAAACCAAGCUCAAGGGCCACCAGAAGCGAAUCUCAGGGCUUGCAUUUUCUCAAAGUUUGAACAUAUUGGUUUCAUCCGGAGCUGAUGCACAGCUUUGUGCAUGGAGCAUUGAUGGAUGGGAGAAGAAGAAAUCACGGCCGAUACAACCCCCACCUGGUCACCUAUCUCCAUUGGUUGGAGAAACUAGGGUUCAAUUCCAUAACAACCAAUCCCAUGUACUCGUUGUUCACGAAAGCCAAAUUGCUAUUUACGAUGCUCAACUUGAAUGUUUGCGCUCGUGGUAUCCAAGAGAUUCACUCGGCUCUCCCAUUUCAAGUGCUAUAUACUCGUGCGACGGCCUUUUGAUCUUUACCGGAUUUUGUGACGGUGCUGUCGGAAUCUUCGAUUCCGACAGUUUGAACCUCCGAUGCCGUAUUGCACCAUCUGCGUAUAUAUCUUCAUCAAUUUCCAACAACAAUGGGAAUGCGUUUCCGGUGGUAAUUGCAGCACAUCCAUCAGAUCCGAAUCAAUUUGCCCUUGGAAUGAGUGACGGAGCAGUUCAUGUGAUUGAGCCUUCGGAUUCAGAGGCGAAAUGGGGUGGAUCGACUUUGCAAGAAAACGGGGCUUUACCUUCAAAUCCAUCGAGUUCUGCUUUGAAUAACAAUAAUAAUAACAACAAUAACAAUAAUAAUAAUACGCAGCCAUCGGAAACUCCAUCUAGGUGAACAAACAAACAAUACUGCAAGAGGGCCUCUACGUUAAAUACAGAAUACUUCUACUAGGUACUAUUGUAAAGUCUUCUUCAUCGUCAUCAUCAUCUAUCUCCAUUAUCGAUCUUCGUCGUUUUGUUUAGGUGUAGAACUGCAGAGAGUCUUAGUUUUAGUUUACGUGUUAACCACUUUACUGGGUUGCCCUUCCCAUCUUUGUACUUUAUACCCCAUUUUCCUUUUUUUUUUCUUAUUGUUAAAUUAAAUUUAUUAUAGAUGU